AUGCUCCGACGUGUUUACGUUAUCUCCUUGUUGUUCAUUGUUGCUUCACUUUACCUCCUGCCAUUUGCUUUAUUUGGCAAAGAGCGUGAUGAUAAGAGCUACCGAUACAAAAACGAUGCUAAAUUCAAGUCGUAUUUGCAAACUCAUCACCCGCAUGUUCAAACUGAAAAUUUGAGUGUUUUGAAAGCACCAGUGUACAAUCAUCGUGAAAAUGCUACAUUUCUAAUGUUGGCACAAAACCAUGACAUUUAUUCGGUGUUGGAAACUUUACAGGUAAUACAGGAUCGAUUUAAUGACAAGUUCAAUUAUGACUACACAUUUCUCAAUGACGAACCAUUUUCGUCAGACUUUAUUUACCUUGUCAGUAGUUACAUUCCUCGUGGAAGGGUCAAUUUCGGAAUCAUACCAAAAAAGCAUUGGUCGUAUCCCAGUCAUAUCAAUACUACCAGAUGUGCUGAAGUGCGUGCAAAUUUCGCUGAUAUUCCUUAUGGAGACUCGGAAAGUUACAGACACAUGUGUCGUUACUAUUCAGGGUUUUUUUACAAGCAUGAAAUGGUAAGACAGUACCAGUAUUACUGGAGGAUAGAGCCAGAUAUUAAGUUGUACUGCGAUGUCGAUGAGGACUUAUUCAAGACAAUGAGGCAGAAGAAUAAGAAAUAUGGUUUCGCUAUUGCACUUUUUGAGUAUUCCGAGACUAUACCAACAUUGUGGCCACAUGUGAUAAAAUAUAUACAAGAAAGGCAAUUACAACCCGAGCUUUUGCCAAUGUUGACAAACGCCUUCAAUUGGUACAACUUGUGUCAUUUUUGGUCAAAUUUUGAGAUUGCAAAUUUGGACGUCUUCAAUGACCCUCAAUAUGAAAACUUUUUCCAGUACUUAGACUCGGUUGGUGGGUUUUAUUACGAGAGGUGGGGUGAUGCGCCCGUACAUACUAUGGCAAUGAUGAUUUUGUUAUCCAAAAAGGAUCUCUACUGGUUUGAAAAUAUAGGAUACACCCAUCCACCCUAUGUACAAUGCCCUCAAAAUCCCGUAGCGUAUGUGAAGAAUAGAUGCGUUUGCAAUCCCGAUGAGGAUAUUACGCUAAACGACAAGACUAGUUGCAAUAGUCACUUCCUCCAGUUUUUGCAAUCUUAA